AUGGGUCGGCUCGAUCGGAGUGAUACCACGGCCUCACAGAAAACCGGCUGCGCUGGUUGUGUAACCGUCGGUCUGAUUGGUCAACCGGCACCAUCAUCAAGUCCUGGCACCUUCACCUUCAGUCUUAACUGGGCGAUAGCCUAUGAGUUACCCAACGUGACAGAAGCUACUAUAUACUUCUUACAGAAAAAAUAUUAUAAAAGGCAGCAUUUACAGAAGAGAAUCAAUAGAAGAGAAUUGUAUGGAAAAUUGGAGACUAUAUUAGAUAAUAUGGGAUACAGCGGGAGAGAAUGUAUUUUGAAGACCCUCUGUGAGACCACACAAAGAUUAGUGCCACAUGGAGACAACGUAGUCGAAGAGAUGUUCAGAACUUUAUUCACUAUGCCACCAGCGAAAGUUCUACCAACAGAACCUUUGGAACAUGCCAUAUACGACGCCGCUCACCGCCUGGGCCGUAUCGUCGAUUCCUGCGAUAGGUUCAAAUGUCCCAUCUCAUUGGUUGACUUAAUCAAAGGUUAUUACAAUGCCCCUGCGCCAAAAGUUGAUGUCGGAAGAAAUCCUUGGGCGUUGUUUAGCAGUAAUUUUGGAUAGUAUUUAUUUUAGAUGGUAUUGGAUGGAAAGUAUAAGACGUUGGAUUUUAUAACAUUUAUUUGGUUAAAGAAGAAUGCUUUUUAUCUUAAGGCUUAAGAUUAAAUGGGAGAUUUGGACUUACACUUAGUUUUUGAUUUGAGAAUGUUAUUCAUUAUUUUCUAAAAUGGGAA